AGGCUGAAAGACAAAUUGACAUUGUUGAUGGCUGCUGUAUAUUUCACUGAGAAGUCUACCGAGGAGUAAUUACUGUAAUUUCUAAAAAGGCUUACUGAAGUGUUUGGAUCUGUGAAGAACUGUAUAAACAGUCGCUGUACAUACACACUUUGAGAGCACAAGGAAAGAGAGUCAUCCACGCUGAGCCAGGAGACAAAUUCGUAUCAUAAUGCUGCAUUUCUUCAGGACGUUACGAGAACCAAACCACAGAUUUUUCAUUUGUUAUGUACGGAGGUUUGACAACACAAGUUUCCUGUCUCACUGCUCUCUCUCUUUAAACACACACACUUUGGCAGCAGUUGGAGUGCAGGCAUAAGUGGAAAAUGGCCUUCAUACUCCACUUUGGGUUGGGGGUUGAGGGGUAGUGGGAGGCAGGGUUUCAAGGGGAGGCCCCUCAAGAUGUCUGACAUGUUUCUGCAGGACCACAGGCCACUGGCUGGCGCAGAGCACAGGCUUGUGGUGGGCUGUUUGUCUGCGUGAAGCUGGCAUGGCCUCCCGUUCCCCUGCAUCUGUUCCCCAUUAGCAGAGCCGAGAGUAUAAAGCAGGGAGCUGACAGGGGCUGGGAACAGUCUAGUUCCUGCCUGGAUCAUGGGGUUUACUAUCUGGCUGUGCGUGCUGUGCCUGCAGGCGAGCCUGCUGUCACACGCCUUCGACUGCUCAGGAGCGAGCCAUGGAGAGCUGUGUGUCAGCAGACAGACCGCAGACGAGCAGAAUGAUGAACAGAAGCAGCAAAAGGCACUACCCUUAACUGAAGGACUGGUUUUGUUCAGACGUAAGAGACAGUUGGAGCGGAGGGGUCCCACCCACCUGAGUCACUCCAGCCAGCCUGGGGCCGUCUCUGUCAAAGGCUUCCCUAACACUCUCAUCCAGGCUGAUAGGUCCAGGAGACACUUGAUUCAAGCUGCGAAUAAGAAAAAGAACAAGCGCAAACCCCGCGUCGGCUCCUUCUCCCUCCUUAGCAACGACAAGAAUUCCACCCCCCUACAGUUUCAGGUGACAAGAGCAAGGAGACAGGUGAAGCCCGAUCCACCCAAGAGGGGGAAGGGACGUUCUGGAGCCUACUCUGUCCUGGGAGAUCCUCUGACUGAGGGGCAGGCCGACGACAGACCCAGAAGGAGCAUAUAGAAGACAAGGGCUGCAGAAUGAAAUCUUCCUUCUCAUUCUGGCAAACCUAAACAAGGGGGUAGAAAUGUGUCCAGGUUUGACCCAUAACAUGUAGAAUAACUGAAGACUGGUAUGAAAAAAAAAACAUUUGCAAUAAGAACUUCUGUGUUUCUUUACUAUUUCAUGGAGUCAUUCUGAUACUGUAUGUGUGUCUUCCAUUAUUGUUUCAACUGUAAGCUAGCUUACAUUUAUCAGCCAGUCUGCACUUAUGAAUACUUUUUACAAACAAUUUUAAUUUCUAAUAUAUUCCUGCAUGUUAUUACAUCACAAGAGAUCCCAUAUUAAUAUUAUAGUUUGCCAUUGUGUUGUAAUCUAUUUAAUCACAGAUUCCUUAUGAAGAUUGGGGGUAUAUUUUUUCAGAAAUAUUUCCUGUGUUGUUGUAUCAGGUUUCAAUAAAAGUUAAGUAGGGACA